GCCUGCGGGGGGCGGGGCCCAUCAGGGGGCGGGGCGCGCUCGUGGCGACCAAUCGGUGGACCUUUGAGGCCCGCUGUUCCUGCGGGCCUGGUCCUGGAUACGGGCCCGGCGGAGGCACCGAGUGCGAGCUGUUCUUGGAAUGAAGAUGGAAAGUAGCACAGUUUUGCUGGAAUCAAAAUCUUCACCGUUGAACCUUCUGCAUGAGAUGCAUGAGCUCCGACUUCUGGGCCAUCUGUGUGAUGUCACAGUCAGAGUAGAGUAUCAGGGUGUCCGUGAAGACUUCAUGGCCCAUAAAGCAGUGCUGGCAGCCACCAGCAAGUUUUUUAAGGAAGUGUUCCUGAACGAGAAGAGUGUAGACAGUACCAAGACUAACGUCUGUUUAAAUGAAGUUCAGGUUGAUGACUUUGCUUCAUUUCUGGAGUUUGUCUAUACUGCCAGGGUGCAGGUAGAGGAAGAUCGAGUGCAGCGGAUGCUAGAAGUGGCUGAAAAGCUAAAGUGUUUGGACCUGUCUGAAACAUGCUUACAGCUAAAGAAGCAGAUGCUGGAGUCAGUCCUUUUGGAAUUACAGACUUUCUCUGAGUCUCAGGAAGUGGAGGCCAGCAGUGGCCCCCAGGUGAGUGUGACCCCCAGCUCCAAAGCAAGUGUACCAGGAGAGGAUGCUCACUCCAACGGCGUUGUAGAUUCCUCUGACUAUCCCAUAGAGAGAUUGGACAAUGGCCUUUUGCCAGAAACGCCGUCCAAGAAGUGCAAGGAGAAACUGGACAAGAAGAAAGAUGUGGCUAAGCCUCCCUACCCUAAAAUCGGAAGAGCUAGUGGGAGGCUGGCUGGAAGAAAGGUGUUUGUGGAAAUCCCUAAAAAGAAAUAUACAAGAAGGCUCCGAGAACAGCAGAAAAGUGCAGAGGAAGCUGCAGAGAACGACAGGUGUCCCCAGGACCAAACCCCAGACGAUGAAAGGACAGAGACAGAGCCAGCUUCCAAAAGUGAGGCUUGCCCUGCUAGUGUGGAACUGGAGGAAGGCCUGCAGAAACAGGAGGGGAUGAAGGAGGAGGAAGAAGGGAAGGAUGGGGAGAAGAAGAAUAACUUCCAGUGCACAGUCUGUGAGAAGUCCUUCCUGUAUGAGAAGAGUUUCCUGAAACAUAUCAGGCUCCACUAUGGUGUGACCACGGAGGUAGUGUACCGAUGUGACACUUGUGGCCAGACCUUCGCCAACCGCUGCAACCUGAAGAGCCACCAGCGCCACGUGCACAGCAGUGAGCGCCACUUCCCAUGUGAGAUGUGUGCAAAGAAGUUCAAGCGUAAGAAGGACGUGAAACGGCAUGUCCUCCAGGUGCAUGAGGGUGGCGGCGAGCGGCACCGAUGUGGCCAGUGUGGCAAGGGCCUGAGCUCCAAGACUUCUCUGCGGCUGCACGAGCGCACACACACGGGUGACAGGCCCUAUGGCUGCACCAAUUGUGAGGCCAAGUUCUCGCAGCCCUCGGCGCUCAAGACCCACAUGAGAAUUCAUACAGGGGAAAGGCCUUUUGUCUGUGAUGAAUGUGGUGCAAGAUUCACUCAGAACCACAUGCUGAUUUAUCAUAAAAGGUGCCACACAGGUGAAAAGCCUUUUAUGUGUGAGACAUGUGGCAAGAGUUUUGCUUCUAAGGAGUACUUAAAACACCAUAAUAGAAUCCACACUGGAUCUAAACCCUUUAAAUGUGAAGUGUGUUUUCGGACCUUUGCCCAGCGGAAUUCCCUUUACCAGCAUGCUAAAGUCCACACAGGAGAGCGGCCUUAUUGUUGUGACCAGUGUGGGAAGCAGUUCACCCAGGUAAAUGCCCUCCAGCGCCACCAUCGAAUCCACACAGGCGAGAAACCAUUCAUGUGCAAUGCGUGUGGACGGACAUUUACUGACAAGUCCACUCUCCGGAGGCACACCUCAAUACAUGAUAAGAAUACGCCGUGGAAGUCUUUCCUUGUCAUUGUAGAUGGCUCCCCCAAGAAUGAUGAAGGACAUAAGACAGACCAACCCGAUGAUGAAUGUGCAUCACCGAAACUUUCAGAUAGAUUACUAUCUUUUGGUGAAAAUAGCCAUUUUAACAACCUACUGGAAGUUCAAGGUAACGUGCCUGCCAUGCAGGAGAAUAGUUCUACAGACACUACUUGCAAAGCCGUGGUGUCUCAGGAUGCUCUGCUCACCACUGCCAUCAGUGAGCUUAGUGAGCUGACUCCACAGACAGGCCCAAUGCCUACACACCUUCCCUCGUUGACCAACAUGGAGUGAGAGCUUGAAGUUGUGUGCCAAACAGUCUGUGUGAUUGCUGUAUUCCAGGUAAUGCCAGGGGCUAAGAAAAAAAGUUGUCUGUGCAAAUACACAGACAAGACUGGCCUUGACAUUUCCCCAGACUUCCAUGACCUUGCACGUCUGUAUCACACUUAAAGCUUUUCCAUAAACAUUCUGAUCUGCAUGAUCUCAGCUACAUUUCAUCAACAAACAUGGCAGUUAGCAUAGCUCACUGAAGCCUGGUGUAGCUACACAUGUCAAUUACACUAAUGCUUGAUGUCUAAACCAUUGCUUGUCUUAAUCACAGUACACAGCAUUGACCCAACUUAGGAAAGUGCUGUUUGUGGUCUCCUGGUCUUGCCCUGCCUUAUAUUUCCAUGUGUGUUUACUUCACUCUGAUCCUUUUAGGGCAUUUUUCUACAAAGUUAAAGUAAAACUGGGGCCACUUAUUUCAGCUGUUUCUUCCUUACUGAAAUAAAAGCAAAUUUGUUUUGGGGACCCUAAGAUGGGACUGAAAAAGUAAAUGAUUGCAUUUGUUCUUCCCCAACCCCCUAUUUGUACGCACGAAAAGAGGAAUGACAGAGUGAACGUUUUCAGUGUAGUAACUCAGCAUGUGUGCAGGUAGGGAGUCUGUCAUAAAAUUCAACCUGGGAUGAGAUGUGGCUGUUCAGUUUCAUUCCCUAAAUCAGAAAAAAAGCUGUCCUACCAAAGAAUCUAGCAAAAUAGUUGUCUCGUUUGCAGAGGCGUGAGAAAUAAAGAGGCGUCAGAGCAUUUGACUAGUCACAUUUUCACAACCAGCAUGCUGAGUGAGCCUGGCAAAUCUCAAGUACUUCUGCCAGGCUUUUCUAUAACGUCCAGAGUCCCAAAAUACCCAUUUCCAUAGUGGACGGUGACACAGACUAGUAACAAAUGUGCCUCUUUAGGAGGAGCAUGUAAGAAUCUAGAGCGGUGGUUUUCAACAUAUGGGUAGUGAGACCCCUUUUGGGGUCAAACGAUCCUUUCAUAAAGUUGCAUAUCAUAUUUACAUUACAAUUAAGAGUAGUAGCAUUAAAAGGUUGCAGCAUUAGGAAGGUUGAGAACCACUGAUCUAGAGGGUACCAGAAGCCUUGGCAUGCUCAAUUCCUAUGCCUUAACAAAUGGAUAAAGAACGAGGAAUGUUGUCUCAAAUGUUCCUUUGACUUUCUUAUGCUGAAUUUAAUUAUUGCUCAACAAACUUCACUAUGAAAAUUGCAGUUUGUGGCAUUUGCUAUUCCUGAUGUAUGGUUGCAGGGCCUUGGGUAUGUGGACACUUGCUACCUGUGACCCUUAAUCAUUAAUUUUAAGAGCGCCUUAAUGGGAGAAUUAUCUGCUCUAGUUGUUCUGUUUUUAACUUACUAAGCUUGCUGUGAGAACACUCUGGUUUCUAGGAGGAAGGUAUCUUAAGUUCAGGGUGAAGACAGAGCACUAUGAUAGAAACUGAAAGUUCUUUCCUAGUGCUAACUUUGUGGUAACACCUUAAAAAAGCUGUUGAAGCCACCAAAAGGUGUUCCAGAGACUUGUAAUAUUUCAAACUUGCUCUUGAAGGUUCAGGGCUGAAUUAUCUCACAUUCAGUUAUGACCUGGCUCUCCUAGUUGUGUUUACAGACAAAAACAAACAAAACAAUAGACUAGUGACUGGCACAUGACCAUUUCAACUGGUUAAGCAAACCUGCCCAGCUGAUGUACUGUGUUAUGGAAUAAAGUCAUCUUGAUGAGAAGGAAUUUAAACAAUAGAUUAUUUUGUUACCUACUGGAAGAACUGUCUUGAAUUUGUUUCUUUAGAAAUUCUAAAUAAAAUUGUUUAAUGUUAAUAAAUGUCUUUGUAAAGGU